AUGGCGGAUGUGGCCGGGAAAGCAACGGAGCGGGAGCAGCUUGCAGCGGAAGAUCGGCCAGUCACCAAGGAGGACGCGGCUUAUCAGCAGAUGGCAGAGACGGCCGCACAUGGGAAGACGGCCCCAGGCGGGCCAGCAGCUACUUUACAGUCUGCUGCGGACAAGAACGUGCAGAUGGGAGUACCCUUCACGACCAGCAACCAAGAGAGGAGUGCGGUGACAGGGAAGACACACCAGAGCACGACAAAAGGCCCUGGAAGGGGGGCGCAGGCGAAGACAGGUCCUGAGCUGGCAAGGGAUGCUGCAGCUAUGGCGAGUGAAGGUGUGGAAGGGAAGACGACAGAGGAAGGCGGGGACAUGCCUACGAGUGGGAGUAGUGGUGCCGGCAGCUUUAGGGCUGAGCCCAAGGAAUAG